AUGGUAUCUCCGGGCAGUGGUAGCAGAAAUGGAGAGGUUUCGUUGUCGACUAGCGACCCGGUAACAUUGCGUGAAGAAGGAGAGGCUAUCACGUUGGACAACUUCGAUGAGACCGACGCGUUGGCCGAUCCCAUCCUGGAUAGUCCCCGCUCCAUCGAGGCAUGUCGGAUGCUUGGAGUCGAGCCGGAAGAGCUCAUCCAGAGACCGCUCGAGUAUUUUAUCCGAUCCGCGAAAAACGGGAGGGCUGAGGAUCGAGAGUUCAUCGCUAAACGUGCGGCUCGAUACGAGAAGAAUCGUCAAGUGCAGCUUCGUAAUGUGCGAGCGCAGCGGCGCGAGCUUGUCGAAGCUCAGCUGGGAGGGGUUCAUAGCAGUAUGUCGCUGAGGACACGCAGCUUCUGUCGAUCGCCCGUGGGUGCUGCUCGACUUGGCUUUGCAGGGUCAAAUAGCUGCUCAAGUUCGCAACACGAAUUCACUGUGAUUGAGCAGGAGAAAAAGGAGCUCCGGCGGAUUCAGCAGCGCCAAGCGCUCGAGAUGCAGCAGAUGCUAAACUUUGAGCUCAAAAUGACCGAACUCCACCAGGAACGCGAGAAAAAGGAGCGCGAACAAAAGCGUCGAGAGGAACAGUUUGCAAAGGAGCAACGACGAAGGCAGCGAGAAGCUGAUGAGCAGCGGCGUCGGAAGGAGAUCGAAAGAGCGGAGCAGUGUCGACUAGAACUGGAGUUGGCACGAAAACAGGCUCAACAACAGCAAGUGGAGAAUCUGCGUCGCGAACAGCGCGCCAAGCAAGAAGAGGCUCGCAGACAACGUGAUGUUCAACUAAGUGAGAAAGAGCGACUGCGCCACCAGGAAGAAGCGCGGAUGCAAAACGAGCUUUACCAGCUUGCUCAGGAGCGCGAAGCAACUCGCAAGUUACAGGAAAUGCAGGAGCGGGAGGAAAAACUCCUGGAAGAACGUGAGCGCCAACGACAAGCUAAGUCACAGGAGAUGGCGGACAAGCAGGCACGGAAUACCGCACGCAUCGCGAAUGUAUUGCACGAAAAGGAUCUGCAACGCAAGGCUCAGCUUGAGGAGGCAGCUCGAAAGCAGCAGCACAGUGAAGAGCGUCGCCGUGCAUUUGAGGAGGAACGAAGAGCAAAAGAGGAGGAGCUGCGCCUCCAGGCUCAGCGGAAGAAGGAAGAGAUCGAGACUGUGCAGAGCCAACUGGCGUUAAUAGAGGAACAGCGACGAGAGCGGCUACGACUGCAAGAGCGGGAGGCGGAAGCGCGUCUAAUGCAGCGCGAGCGCGAGAAGCAGCAACAGCUCGAAGCCCAACAACGCGAGGAGAGACGCUUGGAACGAGAGCGACGCCGAGCGUAUGAGCGCAUGGAAGCCCAACUCCACCAGAAACGAUCCGCAAUCCUCCAGAAGACGGAGGAGAAGGCCAAGGUGGCGCAGAUGAUGCAGCGGCAAAAGCAUGCGUCUGUGCGUGCUCGACUGCAAGAGGCCAAGCUGCGUGAAGAAGAGAUCCAGACUGCACUGAUGCGCAAGAACAAGCAGAACGAGUAUCGCUCGAACCUGCUACUAUCUCGCAUCGAGAACGACAACCUGCGUACACAGCAACUGAAGGAGCAGCGCGCGAAUCUCAUCCGGCGUCGCCAGCAGAUCAAGCAGACUGCAAGCCGUCAGAAACAUGAAAUCCUCGAGACCUUCUACAAGAUGAAAGUCACGAAAAAGUUCGAGCUGCCCAAGCACAUUGUUGCGAGUAUCGAGCGGCCGCGGUCGGCGUCAGCGACAAUGCUGCAUUCCCAGUCGUUUACUACAGUAGAAGACUUAUCGACGGCGAAGUCCCGAGAUCGAGUACCGAGGACCAGCAGAAGACCCACGAGUGCUACGGCUAGGCGUCCACGCAGUGCUGCUUCAACCUCCAGUCGUCGACCUGUCACGAGCCGCGAUCACCGCAGUCCGAUAGACGACGGGCCUCCUCACAGCGCGGACGACAUCAAGCAGCCACCUCAAAAUGAAACAGACGAGGAGCGACGAGACGCAGCGAUCAACGAACUCCGCCGACAGCAGAACGAAGAGCUGCUCAAGGUUCUGGAGGAGGAGCACCACGCUGAAGAGCAGCGGGAGCAUCUUUUACGCCAAGCAAGCAGCGAUCGUCGCGAGCGUGUGCGUAUGGAGAAGCUCUUCGACAAAGAGCGGGCUCUCGCCAGCGAGCGCAUCAUGCAGCUCACCGACCGCCACGAGCGCGCCUUGGCCUCCAAGAUGGACGAGCUGUAA